AUGCAGACCAACUUCCAGCUGGCAUCAGUGCAUGGCAUGCUGUACACAGGCGGCAACGUCGUUUUUUCUCCCGACGGCCGACAGCUGUACUCGCCUGUCAACAACUACAUCUCUUGCAUUCAGCUGCAACAGGAGGGGCACCGCUCACUCCCUUGCAGUAACAGCAACAUCCAAUGCUUUGACAUUUCGCCGGAUGGAGACCUGCUAAUUGCGAUUGGUCAACGAGGUAUCGGUUUCUUCUACGCCAUCUCUGCUGGUGUGGUGCUUGACACCAUUGCAUUUCCACCCGAAUGCGAGGUCCGCUGCGUGAAAUUUAGUCCGUGUGGCAAGUAUGUUGCGCUUGCGCUCGAAAACACUCUUCAGGUGUACACCGCACCGGCUCAGCGCACUGUCGCAUUUCAUGGAUGUCAUCGUGUCGAGAACCUGCACGCAGCACUGACGCUACCCAUCAACAACAUUGAAUGGACACCGGACAGCGAGCACCUGCUGCUGAGUGGGCAGGACGCCCGAAUGAAGAUAUUCCCACGGCAGGGACGACUACAGCAGAAGGGGAUGGCAAUCCAGCAGAAUGCCCUGGUGGGCCACCGUGCGGGAGUACACGGCGCCUGGUUCAUAGACCAUGCGUGCACUCGCGUGGUGAGCGUGUCCGCUGACAACGUGUUGAUGCUAUGGAAGCGUACGCCUGUCACACGCCGUGAGGUGAUGCAGGCAAUUGCCGUUGCACAGGUCAAUGCACGUGUGGGGUUGCAGGAGGAGGAAGACGGUGAUGAGGAUGACGAAGAGUCUGGACGCGUUCCAAAGUCGUUCCUAGAGAAGCAGCGGCUGGAGCAACUGAAACUUGAAGGUGUGCGUGCCUCUAUAGCCGAUGACACGUACCUUCCAGACGUCCUCAGAUGCGCGUUUGAGAUUGAAAAGAAGCACCUGUUGACGCAUAAGGGCAAUGUCUCCGUCACGAGUUUCCACCGUCGCCGCGGUCUUGUGGCAAUUGGAUACAAUUCUGGUAUUUUUGCCAUUCAUUCCCUAGAAAAUGCAGAUGAUGCGGAGUUAGCGCUCGUUCACCUGCUGUCUAUCUCCGCACAGUCGCUAACAGCGGCAAGCUUUAGCCCGAGCGGUGACUUUGUAGCUUUUGGUAGCGCCCAUUUAAAACAACUGCUUGUGUGGGAUUGGAAAUCCGAGACGUAUGUCCUCAAGGAUCAGGCACACUACUAUGAUAUCACCCGCACUGCAGUUACAGCUGAUGCGAGCAGCAUAAUCUCUGGUGGUGAUGAUGGUAAGGUAAAGGUGUGGAAGGCAUCCACUGGCCAGUGCUAUGUGACCUUUGCGGAACACACAGCGCCGGUGACCGGUAUUGCGACGAGCGCGGCGACUAAUGCCUUUUUCACUUGCAGCCGAGACGGCACAGCGCGGGGCUACGACCUCGUGCGGUAUCGCCAUUUCCGCGUCUACACGGCGCCGGAGCAGACACAACUUUCCUGCAUCGCCGUUGAUCUAUCUGGCGAAGUCCUGGCGGUGGGCAGUGGCCAGACGGACCGCAUUUACCUCUUUGCAGUUCAGACGGGGAAGGUUAUCGACGAGCUGCACGGGCAUGAGGCACCCAUUGCAUGCCUGGCGUUUCAUCCGUCCGGUACCGCGCUGGUCUCCGGUUCACUCGACCAUAACCUUGUCUUUUGGGACCUCUUCACGCGUGGCGAUGGCGGGGACCGUCUGAAGGGUGACGCGGAGGCGGUAGACAUUGGGUCGGAGGUUCUCAGUGUGGCCUUCAGCAGUACCGGUCGUCGCCUGGCUGUGCUGACGAUGAAGCAGGAGAUCUCCGUCUAUGAAACGGUCGUGCCGACGGAGCCGAUUAUCAUUAAGACAUUCAAAACAAAUUUCGACGCUGCAGGUGGAUGGAACAAGACGGUAGGUCCGCGCAGUGCUAACUACAACGCCCGCUUUACCACCAUUGCCUUUUCCCCAGAGGGUGAGAAAAUUGUUGCAGGGGGGGAUUCCAAAUGGAUUGUUCUAUACCACGCUUUGCAGGGCUAUAUGUUGAAGAAGUGGCCCAUCACAACCAACCUCGAUGUGCAGGGCGCAGAGGAGCAGUACCAAUGGCGCCGCAUGACGGAGGCGGGGCAUAUGGAUGAUAUUGAUGUGGACGACACAGAUAUUCACCUCCGCCGCGGCAAAAUGCUGGAGAUGCCGGGAAGUCGUCAUCGACACUUUGCUACUGGAAAGCGACAGACAGCCCUCACGGCACGGACGAUGGACUUGACGUUUGCCUCCACGGGUAGCGAGUUUGUGGCAGCGACGACAGAUGGCCUGCUGGUGUUCUCCACCCGCAUCGCGCGACCUAAGUUUCAGCCGCUGCAACUCAGCGCCAACAUUACGACGCAGCAGGUCCGCGAGCAGCUUUCCCGUGGCGAGCCGGUGAUGGCGCUCAUGGGUGCACUGAAUCUUGGCGACAAGAUGCUGGGUUCUGAAUGUAUGCGUCGGAUGCCACGAAAUGCCAUUCCCGUUGCCGUAUCAUCUGUUCCCACAGUCCUUUUCCCGCUUCUGGUACAGUGGGUGAGCGACGAAGUUGAGGAGAGCCGUGGUCUCGAGCAAGCCUUGUUGUGGGCACAGUCUCUUAUGCUUCACUCCAAUGAGUGCGCAGGAAGUUUUGCGCAGGACCGUAGCACCGUCACCCCAGCAUUGAAAACUUUGCAACGCAGUCUGCAACAGCACAGAGCUUUGACAGAUCUAGCAAAGGAGAAUUACUUCUCCCUGAAGUACAUCAUCGACAUGACGAGGAUGCAAAAAGACGUCCUACAGCCUGAGGCUGUAACUGAAUGA